CACUCGACGGACGUCUGCCCAGUCGCGGAUCUACUCUACUGCAGCCUGGCGAUCGCGUGCGCGAUUUUCUCGUUGAAAAAUUUGGUGUUUGUUGUUUUUUUCUUCUUUUUUUCUCUUCAAACUGUAUUUGUAUAUACUCGCGUUAAGUUGACUGUUAAGGGUGAUCGAGAGAGGACUUUGGUGGUGAAGUUUACGAUUAUUUUUGACAGAUCGGUUGUUUCUAGGGAACAGUUUUAAAAGGAUUCCUCAUUGUUUUCGUGAAGCUUUAGAGCCCUUUGGAAUUAUGUGAAGGAGAGUGUCAUGUUGAAAAAUUUUUCAUGUCAGAGAAGACGCGUCGCGGCGUGGCAGCCUGCACCACUGGGACGAGCACAUCACCAGCGACGGCAAGCAGGGGAGUCGCCGACGCCAACGAGACGAGAUAAUCAAGGAGGACGGAGGAGCAAGUUGGCCGCGUGAUCGUGAACCGUUUGUUGGGCCUCUGCGGCCGCGCCGCCGCGGGGCCGUCGGAGGCCUCCGUCUACACCACGAGCGGCAGGAUGUCAGACGCGAAGCGCCAGGGCCAGGGUGUGAGCGCCCCCGCGACUCCGACGGCGUCGACUGCGAGCGACGGAGCGUUUCGGUCGUUGCCCGCUCGGCCGAACAGCGAGAGCCUCGCUAGGAAGGCCUUGCACCAAUCCGCCGAGUCGGCGCGAACCGAAAGGAGGCUAGAGACAAGUAGACCGAGCGAACCUGACACUGGUUUUAUAUUUAGUCAAAAGGCGUUUAAGAAAUCUUCGCAAAAUGGCAAGCUCACUCUGUACUUGGCGAGCCGAGACCUUAUUGUCACUGCCGGAAAAAUCGAUAAGCUCCAGGGCGUUUUGCUCAUUGAUCCAGACAUGCUCCAAGGCAAAAAGGUUUAUGGUCAAGUGAUAUUGACUUUCCGAUACGGUCGAGAAGACGAGGAAGUGAUGGGGUUGAAAUUCUGCAACGAGGCCAUUAUGGCCCUCGCUCAACUCUAUCCGCCUUACCAUCCGACAGAUCCUAAUACUCCGUUUCAGGAAGUCCUUAUCAAGAGGUUUUACCCCAACGCCCACCCCUUUGCGAUGUCAGUGACACCUCUAGCGCCACCGUCUGUUCAGCUAGUACCGGCCAAAGAGUACAACGGGGCUCCAAUAGGCACCAGCUACGACAUACGAGUUUACGUAGCUGACAGGCCGGACGAGAAGUUGACGAGAAAAAUGCAAAUCAUAAGGAUGGGCUUGCGAGUGAUCCAGGGACCUCCUCCGACAAGUAUCGGCGCCAUCAGAUUCCCAUCUCAUUUUUCCUGGCACCCCCACCCACCGGCAUCUCUGGCUAACGAGUCGUCAGUCGUCGACGCCAACAAAUUGCCAAGAGAAAAAAGCAGCAGUUGCCUCGAAAAUGAGAACGAAAUAAAGUCUGAAGAGGAACCGAUCCCCCACGCAGUGGUGGAGAAGCAAUUUCUACUGAGCGACGGCCGAGUCCGGCUGGAAGCCAGCCUCGACCGCGCGAAUUACUCGCACGGCGACGCGAUCACCGUCAGCGUCAACGUCGUCAACAACAGCGGCAAGUCCGUCAAGAGGAUCGAGGUGGACAUAGUUCAGCACGUGGACGUGUGCAUGUUCAGCAACGGCAAGUUCAAGAACGUGGUGGCGCAGCUGUCGCCGCGGGAGGACUGUCCAGUGGAGCCUGGCUUCAGUUUGUCCCGUACCUACGUGCUCAGACCGGAAAAGGGUUCGACGAAGAAUUGGAUCGCCCUGGAGGAUGAUCCGGGUUACCCGAAGGGUGGCGGCAAUCUCGCUUCCACCGUAGUCUGCAAAAGCGAGAACCCCGAGGACCGCAACGUCUUUGCCAUCUACGUCUCCUACUACGUCAAGGUAAAGCUCGUGGUGUCCCCGAUGGGCGAGUGGAUAGGCGGGGUCGUGUCCCUGAAGCUGCCCUUCACCCUGAUGCACACCCGAAGCGAACUGGAAACGUUGAACUCGCCGUCGCCGCCCUACACGCCCUCCCGCAUCCUCGAGAAGAUCGAGACGAUAGACGACCUGAACGACGACUCGUUGCCCUUCAUCGACAAGGACAGCACGAGCGACGAGGACAACCAGAACGACUCGCCGGACAAGCAUGCACCCGACGCCGAACUCAAUACCACCAGCACCACCACCCAUCAUAGGACUGCACGGAACAACGAGGGAACGAGCCCAACUACCACGACGACAGUAGUGACGGCAAGCGUGAAGGCGGCAGCGUUGGAAGACGAAGGCACGGGUAUGAGGAACAAAAAGCGCCGGGAGAGCAUGGCCAACGUCGAUCUGAUCGAGCGGUUCGACGAGCCGUCGGUGGCGACGAGGCGCAGUACCUGAGAAGAGGAGCCGAGCCGGGGCCUCGGCCGUAACUUCAAGGGGUUGACGCUGGCGUUGCCCUUGGUGGCCGCGGGAGGGGAGGGGAGCUCCGCAUCGGCCGCGGGCUGCAAGCAGGGCUUCAGCGUCCACCGGGCCUGGUGUUGCUUCAGGCGAGCCUCCUAGCCUCGUUCAUUCAUUAACUUGCUGCACCUAUAUGAUGUUUGUCAAGGGAUAUUUGAGAAGCUUGCUGUGUGUUUUUUUUCUUUUUUCUUCUUGUUUUUUUUUUUUUUUUCAUUCCAC